AUGUAAUUUUUGUUUCGAGAUUUAAUAAAUAAACUCAUUGCUUAAGGAACAUUCAAUGAAGCGAGAUUUUAUAUUGCUGAAAUGAUAAUAAAAAGCAUAGUUAUAAUAUAUAGAAGAAAGCAUCUUUGUAUUGAAGUAGGUAUGUAAUACAAAUUAUUAGAAAUUGACAAGAAAUACUUUUUGUUUUUAUAUGAGAUUAAGACUAGGUUUCUUGGGAAGAUAAAUGCUUUAUUCAAGUAUAUUAAAAUAGUAUUUUAGCAAAUGCUUCAUAUUGAUGAAAUUUAAGGAAUUACAUUAAAUGCAAUUAAUUCAGAUAAAUUUUUAGUGGUGUUGA